UUUUGUGUUCAGCAAAACUAACACAGUGUGUUUUAACACUAUAUUCUAUUUUAUUUCAUUGAUAUAUUCAAAUUGUCUUGUUUUGUUUUGUUUCAUUUUCUUUUUUUCCUUUUCGCCUCUUCUUCUCACUCUUCUCGUUUUCCCCCUUUAUUUCUCUCCCUUAUUUUUUUUUUUUUUGUUUUUUACUUUUUUUGUGAAUACGUCAAACCCUCGUUGUAAAAAUGGGCGACAUAAUCGAGAUGACCGGAGGUGGGACCAAUAUGGCGUAUCAUGGUCUAAGUCAACACGUAAACUUCGAUAUAAUACCGGAUCCGGGAGAUCGUUUUGUUUUGGAGGAACUUAUAGGUGAAGGUACUUACGGGGAAGUAUAUUCAGCAUACGACAAGGAAACUGACAAUAAAGUAGCAAUAAAGAUACUUGAAAAUGUAGCCGACAAUAUAGAAGAAAUCGAGGAAGAAUAUCUCGUAUUACGUGAUUUAAGUUUGCAUCCUAAUAUACCAAUAUUUCAUGGAUUAUUUUUGAAAAGAGCAAAACCAGCCCAAGAGGAGGAUCAAUUAUGGUUCGUAAUGGAGUUAUGCACAGGAGGCUCGGUGACCGAUCUCGUACAGGGUCUAAAAAAACGUGCUGUACGUCUAACGGAUAGACAGAUAGCAUAUUUACUUCGUGAAACCGUCGAAGCUUUGAUUUAUCUUCAUGGUAAUCAUUGCAUGCAUAGGGAUGUCAAAGGUCAUAAUAUUUUGUUAACGGAAGAGGCCCGAGUUAAGCUCGUAGAUUUUGGGGUUUCCUCGCAUUUAGCUGAGACCUUAGCAAGGAAAAACACUUCUGUUGGAACACCUUAUUGGAUGGCACCCGAGGUGAUUGCUUGCGAACAACAAUUGGAUUCCUCGUAUGAUUCGCGAUGUGAUGUUUGGUCGGUUGGAAUAACGGCGAUCGAAUUGGCCGAGGGUGAUCCACCACUAUCGGAACUUCAUCCAAUGAGAGCUCUCUUUCAAAUACCUAGAAAUCCGCCGCCAUCUUUGAAAAAUCCUGAUAUACAUAAUCCAGAACUUUUAGAUUUCAUUGCUGAAUGUCUGGUUAAGGAUCUCGAACAUCGACCAUUUGCUAGCGAACUUAAGGAACAUCCUUUGUUGACCAAUAUCGAAAAUCAAUUGGAUGAAAUAAGGGAAGAACUUUCUGCCGAAAUUCGUAGACAAAGGACCGAUGGUAGAGUUCAAAGGCAACCCGAAGUUACAACGAAACAUGGUAAAUUAAAGACAGAUCGUAAAGCAAGGCCAGAAAAAAUGUAUAUGGAUGAUUUGGCGGCACUGGAUAUGUUAUCCGAAGAUGCCAUUGUUGAACAAUUACAACACCGUUACGAACAGGGACAGAUUUACACUUACAUCGGUGAUAUUCUUGUUGCCGUUAAUCCCUUUACCAAUUUGGGUCUCUAUACUGGAAUCGAACAAAGAAGAUAUAAGGGUCAAGCUAGGUCAGAUAAUCCACCUCACAUUUUUGCCGUUGCCGAUGCAGCUUAUCAAGCGCUCCUUCAUCAACGUCAAAAUCAAGCAAUCGUGAUAAGCGGCGAAUCGGGAGCUGGCAAAACAGAGAGUGCCAAUUUGUUGUUAAAACAAUUGGUUUAUCUCAGUAAAGCACCUAAUCGUAAUUUGGAGGAAAGAAUUUUACAGAUAAAUCCGAUUAUGGAAGCUUUUGGGAACGCAACUACUGGUAUCAAUGCUAAUUCAUCUAGAUUUGGAAAAUAUUUGGAUCUUACUAUGACUAAAGGUGGCAAGGUCACUGGUGCAAGAAUCUCAGUUUAUCUUUUGGAACAAUCGCGAGUGGUUGCUCAAGCCGAAGGGGAACGAAAUUUCCAUGUAUUUUAUUACAUGUACGACGGUUUAGCGGCCGACGAUCGUUUAGGAGAAUUUUAUUUGGAUCACAGUUUACGUGAACAUCAUCGAUAUCUCAUGGACCGCAGUCAUCACUCUCAAAAUAACGUUGAUAAGUUUCAACAAUUGAAAGUUGGCUUCAAGGUAUUAGGUUUUCGUGAUAGCGAAGUGGAUACGGUUUAUGGUGUAUUGGCAGCUAUACUUCAUUUAGGGGAUAUCGAAUUUGCUGAAGUUCCCAGUGAAGAUAAUACGGAUAACAAGAGUAGAGUUAUCGAUACUGCUCCUUUGGAUAGAGUUUCGAAAUUGCUGGGUGUCGAACCGAAUGAUUUAUUAGAGGCAUUAACAUCAAACUCAGUCAUGACGAGAGGUGAAACGAUAACAAGAAACAAUACAGUAACCGAAGCCUGUGCAGCACGAGAUGCCAUGGCUAAAGGACUUUACGGUAGACUAUUUGAUUGGAUGGUCAAUCAAAUAAAUUGCCUGUUGUGUUUCAAUCGUUCACCCAAUUACGAACCAUUGGCUAUUGGUUUAUUGGAUAUAUUUGGUUUCGAGAAUUUCCCACGUAAUUCGUUCGAACAACUUUGCAUAAAUAUAGCCAACGAACAGAUACAAUAUUAUUUCAAUCAGCAUAUAUUCACUUGGGAACAACAGGAAUAUAUGGCAGAAGGUAUACCGGUUGAUCUAGUUGAGUUUUCAGAUAACCGACCGGUUUUAGAUAUGUUAUUGAGCAAACCAAUGGGUUUGUUGGCACUCCUGGACGAAGAAAGUCGUUUCCCACGGGCAACAAAUAGAUCAUUGAUAGAAAAAUUUCACAACAACAUCAAAUCUAAAUUCUACGUGAGACCAAAAUCCGACGCAGUUUGUUUCGCGGUUCAUCAUUUCGCUGGACGUGUAGUUUACCAAGCCGAAGGAUUCCUCGAGAAAAAUAGAAACUUCCUGCCUCCUGAAGUAAUCCAACUGGUACGACAAUCUCAGUUCGAUAUGGUCCGCUUCCUGUUCCAGUGUCCGAUCACCAAGACCGGUAACCUCUACUCGGCCGUCCAUGAAACAGACUCGAGAAAGUUGUCGCAAUUUAACCAAAAUACAAAAGAACGUUACUCGAGUCGUGGUUUAGCAUCACAAUCUAGAGCUCAGCAAACAGUAGCAACUUAUUUCCGUUAUUCGUUGAUGGAUUUGCUACAAAAAAUGGUCUCGGGUUCUCCCCAAUUUGUCAGAUGUAUCAAACCAAAUGAUUCGAAAAGUCCCCGUUUCUUUGACAAGGAAAAGGUUGUUAAACAAUUGAGAUAUACUGGGGUUUUGGAGACCAUUCGUAUUAGACAAAGUGGUUUCUCCCAUAGAAUACCUUUCAACGAAUUUUUGAAAAGAUACUGUUUCCUUGCGUUUGGUUACGACGAACGAGUUGUAGCCAAUCGUGACAAUUGUAGAUUAUUGUUGAUACGUUUAAAGAUGGAUGGUUGGGCUUUGGGCAAGACAAAAGUAUUUUUAAAAUAUUAUCACGUUGAAUUUUUAUCUAAAAUGUAUGAAGAACAAUUGAAGAAGAUCAUUAUGGUUCAAGCUUGCGUACGUAGAUGGUUAGCAAAAAUUCGAUUCAACAAACAAAAAUGGCAGUUUGCUAUUUCUGUUGUAACACUUCAACGACAUAUCAGAGGUUGGCUAACACGUAAACACGUUGAAAAGGAAAUGUUAAAGAAACGUGAAGAAGAAGAGGAGGCUACCAUCUUGGAAAGGGCUCAAAAUGAUAAAACUUUGGUAUUGCGUAGAGAAUCAAGAGCAGAAAUGGUUAGGAAUGAUGAUGAAAAUGAAAUUUUUCAUUCGGAAAACUCGAAGGAGAACGACGCUGCUGUUAUUAUACAAAGUCAUUUCAGAGGUUAUUCUGUUCGCAAACGUUUUGGUGUCGAAUCAGAAGAACGUUUCAAGAAAAUUUUAAAUAAUUGCGAGAAUCAAGAGGACGCGAUUAAAGCAUUAAUCGAUGAAGGUGUUAAAGAAGAGGAUGUUGCAUUUAUCGUACAAAGAUGGUACAAGAAAGAGGAAAAAGUACAUAUAACACCACCUAUGAAAGAUCCGAUUCAUCCUAAAUUGAGACAAGCUGAUCUCAUUCAAUUUUCUCAAAACGUACACAUGAAGAAUCAAGAAAUACAUAAGAAUCUUCGACGUAACAAACCGAGUGUCCGAUUAAAUGACAUCGAAGAACCACCAACGGAUUACGUACGUCCUGAAGGAUUUAACAUGGUCCAACCAAUUUUGCAAUAUCGAAGUGGUAUACAACCGGAAAACGAAGAGACCGUUAAAUAUUAUCGUGAAUUGAAAGAAGAAAUGAGCAGUGGUUCGGACUUCGAAGAAGACGAAGUUGGCUGGGACUCACCGUUGAUACAGCUAGAAAAUGACCUUCAUCCUUCAGCGAGGAGUCGAACGGGUCAGAUUCUGGAAGUGAGUGCCGAGAGGAUGGAACGUUUGGCAGCUCAAGGCGACUUUGUGGUAGCACCGGAACAACAUCUUUCCGAAAUUUGGCACAAAGCUUUGAGGAAUCCGGCCGAGUCAGAAAAAAACGACGAUUCUGCAAAAUCCAUCAGAGGUAUCAUGGCAAACUUCCAGUACAAGGACUAAUGAAUUGCAUGGGAACAACGUGCGGAUUAGAACGUGCAAUCCGUACGGUAGACCGCUUGCAGUCGACUCUUCGCGUUUCAA